AUGAGACUUGUCAGAGAUUCACGUCUUCCUGCUGUGGUUUUUUGUUCUUCCAGGGAGGAGGUUCAGGAACACUGUGUUCGCUGGAGGAAGAGGUUCACCUUUGUGUCUAAGAUGAGCGCCAACCCUCACACCGGAGUCCUGGACCCAUCUGUCUGCAGGGUUUCAGUCAGGAAGGAACUCAAAGGAGGAAAAGCGUAUACGAAGCUGGGCUUCACGGACCUCAACAUGGCCGAGUUUGCCGGUUCCGGGUCGACGGUGCGCUGCUGCCUGCUGGAGGGAUACGACACCAAGAACACGCGGCAGGACAACUCCAUACUGAAGGUGAUCAUCGGGAUGACCCUUCUGUCUGGAGAUCCCUGUUUUAAAACGCCUCCGAGCACAGCCAAGUCCAUCUCCAUCCCCGGACGGGAACACACCCUGCAGCCGGACUGUAAGGGGGAAGGAACCGCCGAGCCCGGCCCGGCCGGAGGGGUUUCUCUGGGCCGGUCCUCCAAGCCUCGGCCCUCCAUCAUCAGCUCAGGUCUCCUGGACGAGUCGGAGGCCAGUCAGAACCAACCAGAAGCCUUCCAGUCCGGUCACUCUCGUAACUCCAGCUAUGCCAGCCAGCACAGCAAAUUCUCAGGCUACAGCACUGAGCACUCCUGCUCCUCCAGCCUGUCCGACCUCACUCAUCGCAGGAAUACCUCGACGGGCAGCAGCACCUCCGGCGGCCUGUGUUUCACCGCCGACACACCUCCAGAGGGUGACAAGGACGCCGGACGUCCGGAGAGACCCCCUCGACCCCCGCGGCCCGUCUUACCCCCCAACAGGCCUCCCAGGAGGAAGCAGGACUCAGUGGAGAGUCACCCCUCCUGGGUGAACGACACUCGCAUCGAUGCCGACGACAUUGUGGAGAAAAUUGUCCAAAGCCAAAACUUUGCAGAUAUCAACAACACUGAAGACAGCAACCUGCGACUGUUCGUCAGCAGAGACGGAACCACGGCGCUCAGCGGCAUCAGGCUCGGAAACAGGGUUUCUGCAGGCGGCUACGAGCCCGUGGUGAUAGAAAGCCAUUGAAGUGAGCAGCGGGAGCGGCGACCCGUUGACCCGUUGACCCGAGGAUCGACUCGCCUUCUGGUUUCCUGGAGCUUCGGCCGGUCCGAAGCCGUGAGAGGAAAACCUCGUCAGUUUGCACUUUAUGUCGAGUUCUGUGGCAGCACUUGUCCGCACUCCGUUCAGAUGUUUUCGUGAUGUCGAGGGCGACUACAUGAAACGUUUUCGUUGAGUCGCGAGAGGAGGUUUUAGUUUGGUUUUUUUUUAGAUUUUAGGAGAUCGUGAUGAAAUUCAAACACCAAAAUCAUUCAGGUGUCGUCAGAGUUUUGCUAGAACUUCAUUUAAAUGCCCUCUUUUGUCAGCAAAGUUUACCAUAAGCUUUUUUCUUUUUCUUCUUUCCCCUCUUCAAUCCUUAAACUCCUCCAGUAAUUACUUUACAGCAGUUUCAGUUUAUUUAAAUUGGCUUCUCUGCACAAGUUUAGAGAAACACCACAUCGCGACAUAUGAGGGGUAAUCAAGAAAGUCUAUAAAAAGCAAGAAGUGCCCCUGAUUUAACUGUUACUGCAUUUCCUUUGAUGUCGCCUCCUUGUGCAGCAACACUCUGCUCCCGGUACUCCUGCACAUUCAUAGAUGCACGUUUGCAAUUUCACCGUGGAUCUCAAACUUAUGCAAAUUCUGUCAAACUGACCCGACCGGCAUGUGGAGGAUCGUAACUGGUGAUGAGAGACGGGUUAGCGGCUAGCACCCAGAGACCCAACAGCAGCUUUCAAAGGGGAAACACCAACAAUCUCCAUAACGAGCUUGUUGUUUUCUUCAAAAUUCUCAUAGUUGUGCACCGGUGAUCAAUUCCCCAUAGUCAGACUGUCAAAGUCAAGUUCUCCUGUGAUGUUGUCAGGCGUCUAAAGAAGAACAUUCGACACAGAUCACCUGAGUUGCAGCAUGGAAGCACCCAUUUUUUUGGCCCCACCAGCACAAUCAUUGCACCCGACUCACCGUACUCGCCAGAUUUGAUGGUGAUCCCUGUGACGUCUACCUCCUCCACAAAAUUAAAUUAAAGUAAAAAAUGUCUCGGUUUUGACACAGUUUAGAAGAUCCGGAUGCUAUACGCAUUAAUAGAACAGAGCUUCCAGCCUCACAGACGUUGCAGGAGCCCUGGGAGCAGAGUAGUGCUGCACCGAACUUCGAAUGGGAUUGCAGCUAAAUUUAAACCGGGUUUACUUUUGAUCACACCCUGUAAGACUUUACAUAACAUCAGACGUAUACGUAAUUCCCUUCAGCGUAGUGUCCUUGCACAGUGAUACACUGCUCUCAGUGCUCCUGCAACAUUUGCAGUGCUCCCCUGACCACUUUGCAAUUCCACCGUGGAUCUCAAAGUCUUAUAGCAAAUUCUUUCAAACUGAUCCAACAAUCAGGUCGAAGCCAUCACCGAUGAUGAGCGGUGACCUGAACGGCAGCAUGAAAGCCAACGUUUGGGACAUGCCAACAAAAUGAUUCCUCCCUACUUUGAUUUGGCUCCCUGCAAUUACGACCUCGUCCUCCAAAUUAAAUUGACGUUAAAAUGUUGUUGUCAGAUGAUGCUUGACACAUGUAUACAACGGAGGUUCUUGGUGAUGUGUUGCAGGAGCUCUGGCUGGAGUAUUUGCUUUCUGUGCGUACGGAUCAGAUCAUCUUUUGUCAUAAUCAGAAUGAAUCUGGCACCUUUUUGCUGCUGCACACUGUCCAGAAUCAUAACCGAGAAUCCUACUGGCUUAAAUUCGUCGACAUAAAUGUGAUGCGAUGGAGUUAAAACAGGAUGAAACCAACUUUCUGUGCAGUUUUCAGAGCAUCGACUCCCCGCUGAAGGCACCGCGUCAGCACUGAACGUGAUCAGGAGUUUAUAAAACCACUGAGCAGAAUUUCUAAAAACGCUUUUGUUUUGUGUUUUUUAGUUUUAUGUUGUUGUUCCCUGUUGAUCGGGGGAAACCACAAGAACCACUCAGUGCCUGCAAAGUUCCUCUUAUAUGAUCCUGAAGCGCCGCCAAACCUGCGAGUGGCCGUGAUGGUGACGAGAGAAACGCUGCUUCCUCUUUGUUUCAGUUUUGCUCCGUUAUGAGUUACAGGUGGAAGUGUUUUGGAAAUCCCACCGCAUGAUGUGUUCGGUUGUGGUACAGACUGUUCUGGUUUCACUGGCCACAAGAGGAAACAAAAGGGGGGAGUUUCUGCAGCUGUCAAAGCUCGUCGCUGCCCCCUGGUGGAGCAGCGGCGGGUUUGAGCACCACCCCGGGCCCUUUGGUGUUUCACAGAAAGUGUUUACUGUGAGUUUGUUUACCGCCGCCUUCCGAUGAACAAACACCAAAGAGGCAAGAAAAAAAAAAGGAGUGUCUGCUCCAAACACAGAAGAGAAAUGGCGACCAGCUGGCUGGUGUUGUGCAUUUUUGCUUCGUUGUCAAAGCAGCUUCUCAGUUGCUCGACAAACGUUCCCACUUUUUAAGGAUUUAACAUGUAAAGAGUCUUAAAAUCUUGUUUUUCUGUUUGUAUGAAGGCUGAUAAAGCUGCAAAUGGGGUAAAUAUCUCCUCUUAUUUUCACAAAACUAAGUGAAGAUUGGAACAUCUGACUGAUUAAUGGAUGCCAGAUGGAUUUUUCUGGCAAUUCCAGCACGUUGCUGUUCAUCGGUUAGGUUUUCAGAGUCGUACUUCUGCAGCACGGGAAGUUUGUCUUGGAUGUUUUACAGAUUUAAAACUGAGAUCAAUUGUAAAACACAAAGAAAUGAACCCGCUGUUGAAAGGCCUUAACGUUACGUGAACUUAUUCUGCUUGAAUGUCAGGAAAAUUCAGUAAUUUCCAAAAAAAAAUUGAAAAAAAGGUUCUUCUACUUCAGCUGUAAAUGACUCGUUUAAUUACAGUUUUGACAGUCAGUCGAUCAUUUUUCUUGCAAAAAAAAGUCAAAACUUUGUUGGUUGUAGCUUCUCAGGUUUGUCAUAAUACCAUAUUUUAUGGAUUAUUUUUAUGUUUUUGGACUUUUAGUCAAACAAAAUAAGUGAUUUAAAGAAACUAAGAGUCGAUGCAAAGAUGCUGAAUUUACAGAAAAAAGCACCAAAUGUUCACACGUUCCAAUUUAAAACCAGCAAAUGAUUCACAUCAUUAAUUAUCUUUAUAGUUGUGGGUCAUUUUCUGCUAAGCAGCGAAUCAGCAAUAUAAAAAAAAUCAGAUUUUAAGACUCUAGUAGUAAUUUUUUGUUAUUUUUUCAGUAAAGCUGCACGUUUCCUCCUCGAAUUUUUAUUUUUUAUUUUUUUCAAAACACUACAAAUUAUUUUUUCAUUAAUCGCACGGUUUGUUGUUAUUCUCACGUUUGGGGAUGAACCACUGAAAAGUUUAUUCUGAAUCUGGGUUUACGUCACCGCAGCCUUUUGUAUUCUACUUACUGCAUUUAUUUAUGCAUUUUUUGUUUCUUAUUCUUUUUUUUUUUUUUUCCAUCUGGAGGUCGGUUAUAAGCUACGCACACGACUCGCCUCCCCGAGCUUCUUCUGUUGUUGUUGUUUUGUUUUUAAUUGUAGUGUUUCUAACAGAUUAUUCUACGGUAACAAAGCUAGUAUAACCUGAAUUUAUAGGAAGCCGAGUUGGAAGUGUGAAAGCUUCUCCAGACGCCGUGGAGUCGCCACAGUUCUGUCGUCGUCGGUGUGUUUCUGCAGAAGCUGCUUCUGAAACAAUAAAAAGCUAAUCUGA